CCCUCGCGGCCGCCGUAGGCCCGCCCGGCGCGGGGCGGGGGCAGCGCGCGGUGCCACGUCCCCGUCGCGGCGCGAUUCGGCCAUGGGCGCCUCGCAGAGCAUCGACAUCCCCGGCGGCGGCACCGAGGGCUACCACGUCCUGCGGGUACAAGAAAACUCACCAGGGCAUAGAGCUGGAUUGGAGCCGUUCUUUGAUUUUAUCGUGUCCAUUAAUGGUUCAAGAUUGAAUAAAGACAAUGACACUCUCAAGGACCUGCUGAAAGCAAACGUUGAAAAACCUGUAAAAAUGCUUGUGUACAGUAGCAAAACACUGGAACUGAGAGAAACAUCCGUAACCCCCAGCAACAUGUGGGGUGGGCAGGGCCUGCUGGGAGUGAGCAUUCGCUUCUGCAGCUUUGAUGGGGCUAAUGAAAAUGUCUGGCAUGUCUUGGAAGUGGAGCCAAAUUCUCCUGCUGCAUUAGCUGGACUUAGACCUCAUAGUGACUAUAUAAUUGGAGCAGAUACUGUCAUGAAUGAGUCUGAAGAUCUCUUUUCCCUUAUUGAAACACAUGAAGCAAAGCCAUUAAAACUUUAUGUGUACAACACAGACACAGAUAAUUGUCGGGAAGUGGUGAUUACUCCAAAUUCUGCCUGGGGUGGAGAAGGCAGCCUAGGAUGUGGCAUUGGUUAUGGAUAUUUGCAUAGGAUACCUACUCGCCCAUUUGAAGAGGGAAAGAAAAUUUCUCUCCCAGGGCAGUUGCCUAGUGCGUCUCUCAGCCCCCUCAAAGAUGGUUUCACAGAGGUUCAGCUGUCAUCAGUUAAUCCCUCAACCACCCUCCCUCCUGGGUCAGCAGGCCUUGAGCAGAGUCUCUCAGGACUUUCUAUUAGCUCACCUUCAACUACUGUCAGUAAUGUUCUCAGCACAGGUGUUCCAACAGUUCCAUUAUUACCACCACAAGUCAGUCAGUCCCUUACCUCUGUGCCACCAGUUAACCCAGCAACUGCAUUACCAGGUCUGAUGCCAUUACCAGCAGGGCUUCCUAACCUGACUGAUCUGUCCAAACUUAAUUUACCUGCACCACAGAUUGUUCCAGAAAUGAUACAGCCUGGUUUGCAACCCCUUCCCCCCUUGCCGCCUCUGCAUCUAAUGGGAAUAACGCCUCUGUCAGUGCCACCCAAGUGUGUUCCUAUGCUUCCUUUGGUCACAGAGGCAUCUACAGUGCCUACAGAUUUGCUUCCCUCUAUUACUCAAGCUGGAAGCUUUACCGUCAACCCUGGCACUCCUGAAAAUGUAGAGGAGACCUCUGCACUGACCUUGGAUAGUGCUACUCCAACUUCCAGGGCAACUAUUGUUGACAGAUCAAAUGAAUCCUCUGCAGCUAAUGAAAAAACAGCUGGAAUCACAGAUACACAAGCUUCUGAAUCAUAACUCCAGAUCACUCUGUUGGAUUGGCUUGGUAUUUAUUUAGCCAUGGGAUACAUAUUUGAAAAGCAAGCUCUCAUUAAUUUCAUACUAGUUUGUACUUAAUCUUUAGAAGUCCUGUAAAUAAUAUGGAGGUAUAAUAAAAUAAAAGGGGAUUUAUAAAGUGUGGGGGGGAGGAAGAACUUGUAUGUUACCAAAAAAAAGUCAAGGUGGUAAAUAGAGUUCCACUGCCAACUCUGAGGUAUAUGUUUUUAAUAUAGGCUGGCAGCCAUACCCUGCUAGGCUUGUCCUUGCUUAUAAUCAGCAAUUUUUGCUUCUGACAGAAAUGAAGCGGGUCCUGUGUGUGACAUUUACGUACCAUAGUUCUUGUUCUUUGCAAGUAUCUUGUUUCUACAGUGGGGAUGAGAACGUUUAGUCUGAGUUGUGAAUUUUAACACUGCAAAACUUCUGCCUAAAGGUAUUUCUGUUCAAAUUGCUGAGUGGCCUGUUAACUGACAUGUUGUUAUUCAGCUUGUACACAAAUCUUUGUCUUUAAGCUCUUGAGAGAUGCUCAAGCCAUGUUUCAUGACCACUGCUGCGUUGUUUCAUACACCCACUGUAAAACGGCAUUUGGAAGGGAAUACAUGGAAUGUUAAAUGUAGCACACAAUUUGGCACUUCAUGACUACUGUAAGAUGAAUUAAUGGAUUAAGCAUACAUACAGCAAUAAAUUCCUGGAAUUUUAUUCUUCGUGUCACAAAAUAGCUUUUUUUAAAAAAUUCUUUAAAUCUCAUUUAACUUUGUAGCUUAGCUCUCUCAAGCACAGAUCUGUGAAAGGGCCCCCUUCCAGAGGAAUGGAUCCAAGAGGGAAUGCCAGACAUCUUAAUGGCAGGCAGGAUCAGCACUUGUGGUUAAAUCCAUUGCAGCAAUGAGUCAUUAAAUCUGCCUGCAUAUGAUUCAUACUUGACUUUUGAAAUGCAUAUUUAGGACAAAAAUUGCAGAUUAACUGUAGAUUAUACACUUGUAGAAACUGUUAUGUGCGCUGUACUCCAGGUGAUAGCAUUUGCUUUUGUUAUCAGGUACAGUUGAUGUGGAAAACUCUUCUGUACCACUCCAGUCCUUCUGUAUUACUGGGAUUUCAUUUAUAUGUGGUUGCUACAAGCAUAUGCAAACUUACCCAUAUCAUCAGCAGGCUUUUGCUGAAGUUUGUCUCAACAGCUGUGUAAUUAAUUUUGGCAGUGUAGCUUGCCUGAGUACUGUUUGGAACAGUAGUUGCUUCUGACUUCUGAUCAUAAUGAUAAUGUCUCAAAUAAUUAGUUCAAGUGGAAGCCUUAUCUAAUACCUGUUGUCCUGUCUUAUCUUUAUCACCUAAGUAUUUGUCUUUCCUCUGCCCCACUGCUGCACAUUUCUCAUCAUCUGUUAUGGCAAAAGCAGUCCAAUACAGACCCCAAUACUUUUUCAUACUGUAAGCAGUUCCUUUUCUCAGCUGCUUGGAGUGGGAAGUCCCUCUGCCUUGCUAAGUGGGGCACUUGCUGUUUCUCAGAAUGUAUUUUUAUUUACCUUUGUAAAUCCAGUGUCGUAUACCUCAGAAUUAAACCUUGACCUGAGAAGAA